AGCGGUGCGCCGUAAUGACGGUCGUUGCGGCUGUAACCUUUUGCAGCUGCCAAACUUCGUGUGGAAAUGAGAGGCGCCGGUUGGAUUUAGUCAGUGAGUGCUGCACAGCGUGUGUGUUUACGAUACGAAGUUUCUGUUUACAUUCAUAGUCUGGCGGGUAGCGGCCUCGGGCCGCCGUGUGCUACAGUGAACGAUGCGCGUGGUUUUUGUUGUGCGACUGCCAUAUCGACUGAGCUCACAGCAUUUCAGAAGAAGGAAGGCGAUGAGUAACCUGUAAGAUGGCGUGAAAAGAACGACUAAGAUGACACGGUGUCCGAAAGUUAUGUCGAAGUUCCUUUUCAUCAAGAUCCGCUGAUUUCGUGAGUAAUUGUAUUCGAUGCAUUGUAACCAUGACAUGAAGAGUGCUAAAGGUUAGCCCCGAGGGGGUUGCGGGACACGAUUUUCCACAAAAUGCAGGCCAAGAAACGUUAUCUUUUGGUGCUUCUGUCGUGUGCUUUUCUGGCGUACUGUUACUUCGGCGGCUACCGGCUGAAGAGCGAGCGAGCGCGCGCGCCGCACGAGGGCCUGGGUUCGUACCUCGAUGUGCAGUCACAGCUGCUGGAGCGGGACCUGGAGUCUCCGCGGCUGCGACGGGCCGGCGCCGGGCAUUUUCCUGCUCCCGCGCCCGCCACCGUCGCCCGCAACUUGCAGCGGUGCCGCAUGGAAACGUGUUUCGAUUUCAGCAAGUGCCGCGGCGAGUUCAAAGUGUACGUGUACCCGCAAGCGGAAGAGUCGGAGGCGGCGACGGUGCACAUGCCCAGUCCCUCGUACCAGAAGGUGCUGAAUGUGAUUCAGGAGUCGCGAUAUUACACUUCGGAUCCUAGUCAGGCGUGUUUGUUCGUGCUGUCCAUUGAUACCCUGGACAGGGACUCGCUCUCCCCGGACUACGUGCGCAAUGUGCCCUCGCGGUUGCAGAAGCUGAAACUGUGGAAUGAGGGGAGAAACCAUGUGAUUUUUAACUUGUACUCUGGCACUUGGCCGGAAUAUGCGGAAGACCAUUUAGGUUUCGAUCCCGGGAUGGCCAUUCUGGCAAAGGCGAGCAUAUCAAUACAGAACAUGCGACCUGGAUUCGAUGUGUCCAUUCCAUUAUUUCAUAAAAACCAUCCUGAAAAAGGUGGCGAUCCUGGUUUUGUGACUACUAACAACUUUCCUGUGACCAAAAAGUACUUAUUGGCAUUUAAAGGCAAGAGGUACGUGCAUGGCAUUGGUUCUGAAACGCGCAAUAGCCUGUACCAUCUGCACAACGAACGUGAUAUUGUGCUGGUGACGACAUGCCGGCACGGGAAAAGCUGGAAGGACCUAAAGGACGAGCGCUGUGAUGAGGAUAAUGCUGAAUACGACAGGUACGAAAGGCAGCAGACAGCUCAUACAAUGAGGGGAACCGGUUACAGUACCUCCUCUUUAUACAAACGUGUAGAAUAUCCUAGAGACGGUGAGUUGCUGUGCGAGUGCGAGUCUUCUUAA